AUGCUGCCUGUUACCGGCAAAACCAGCCUGCUGGCUAACACUGGAGAGGAGAGGCUGAAGCGCACGUUGUAUGUCGGAGGUCUCGCGGAACAGGUCGAAGAGGAGGUCCUCCGUGCGGCCUUCCUGCCUUUCGGCGACAUCAAGCAGCUUGAAAUACCGAAGGACAAAACUACAGGGCUGCACCGCGGCUUCGGUUUCGUCGAGUUCGAGGAGGAAGACGACGCCAAGGAGGCGAUGGAAAACAUGGACAACGCCGAACUCUACGGGCGGACACUUCGCGUGAAUUUAUCUCGAUCUGGAGGCUUCGCCCCCGGCGCCCGCAACAAACCAAUCUGGAGCGAUGACUUUUUUUUCCGCCAGGAGAUGAAGAAGAAAGGCAUGGAGAUCAGCGAAAAUAUGGAGGACGGCGCAGACCAGCCUCAGCAAGACCAAUAA